AAAAUAGCCCAGGAAUUUGGUGAUGGGGAAAUUCCAAAAUUUGAUGGAGCAGGUUACGACAAAGACCUGAUCGAAGCUCUUGAAAGAGACAUUGUAUCAAGGAAUCCAAGUAUUCAUUGGGAUGACAUAGCAGAUUUGGAAGAAGCCAAGAAAUUAUUAAGAGAAGCUGUUGUUCUUCCAAUGUGGAUGCCUGAUUUUUUCAAAGGGAUCAGAAGACCUUGGAAGGGUGUGCUGAUGGUUGGUCCUCCUGGCACUGGCAAAACAAUGCUAGCAAAAGCUGUUGCUACAGAAUGUGGAACGACAUUCUUCAAUGUGUCUUCCUCUACACUGACAUCUAAAUAUAGAGGCGAGUCUGAGAAGCUGGUCCGCCUCUUGUUUGAAAUGGCACGGUUUUACGCUCCAACAACAAUCUUCAUCGAUGAGAUAGAUUCCAUCUGCAGCCGCAGAGGCACAUCUGACGAGCACGAGGCCAGUCGCAGAGUCAAGUCAGAGCUGCUUGUGCAGAUGGAUGGGGUAGGUGGUGCUCUGGAAAAUGAUGACCCUUCCAAGAUGGUUAUGGUAUUAUCUGCUACAAAUUUUCCCUGGGAUAUCGAUGAAGCUCUCCGACGGAGGCUGGAGAAGAGGAUUUAUAUACCUUUGCCCACAGCAAAAGGCAGAGCAGAACUACUUAGGAUUAAUCUUCGUGAAGUAGAACUGGAUCCAGACAUCAGCCUUGAAGAAAUUGCUGAGAAGAUUGAAGGCUAUUCUGGUGCUGACAUCACUAAUGUUUGCAGGGAUGCAUCUUUAAUGGCAAUGAGACGACGUAUUAAUGGCCUAACUCCAGAAGAGAUUCGUGCACUUUCUAAAGAGGAGCUUCAGAUGCCUGUUACCAAGGGGGACUUUGAGCUGGCUCUGAAGAAAAUCUCCAAAUCUGUUUCUGCUGCAGACCUGGAGAAGUAUGAAAAAUGGAUGGCGGAGUUUGGAUCUGCUUAAGCUCAGUGACAGUUCUCCUUUGCUGGAGUUUUAUGGCUUUUGUUAUUCUCACAUGCAAAACGAGUUAGAAAUCUUUCUAAUGGCUUAAUAAAAGGUCUGCCUUUGCCCUCAUCCCACCCCCUUCUGGUGACAAGAUCUUUUAAACUUUAUUUGCCUUUAAAGGGAAUGAACAGAAUAAUGAGCUGAUACUGUAAAA